UAUAAUGUACAAAAAAUCUAAAGUUUUUUUUUGUUAAAUUAUAAUUGCCUGAAAAAUAUUGUUGUCUUCUGUUUAGUUCUGGCUUGUUGCAGGUGUAUCAAAUCUCUUAUUCUUGCCAUCAAGGACCAGGGUAUGAAUCUUCUUAUUGAUAAUCCUGGGAGACUACCAGCUUACAACUCAACUGCAGAAUCAGAACUAGGGCCAGUGGACAGAAGGGAUAGAAGAUUGUUCCCUAGAGAACCCCUCUCCACACUCAGCUGUGAUCAUUUAGAAAAUCGUCGUGGUCUGCAUUACAUUCCACCCAACACUCCAGAUACCUUUCCCAGUACAGAGCUCAACCCUGAGAAUAGGUUGGCUGUUCAACCCAUACCAGGAUAUUUACCAAACCUCACUAUCAGUAACCCUGAUGAGAUUAAUACACCUAUAUAUGAACCACCUCCGGGAUACACUACCCUAGAGAAAGAUUUGGUCGAGGAAAAUCCACCCUCGUAUGAAAGCCUUUAUCCAUCUCAAACAGAAGUUUCAUCUGAUUCCCUUGAUUCCUCUCAGACUGGAGUUCCAUCUUAUUCCCUUGGUUCUUAUCAGACUGGAGCUCUAACUGGAACCCUUUAUCCAUCUCAGACUGUUCCAUCUGAAAGCCAUUAUUCCUCUCAACCGGGAGCGUCGCCUGUUUAACAAUCAUGUAAUCUAAAGUCUUAAAAGUCAUUCAAUCAAUUUUGAACCAAUCUUGCCAUUUGUGUUUCUUAAGACUCAGAAAAAAAGAUAAUUAAUUUAGUAAUAAUUAUUUCCCAAAUCCAA